GUGCAUCGGGUGGAUAGGACGCCCCCCAGUCUGACCACCAGGCGGAGUCCCAGCACCGUGGUGGACCUGGGCGCCGGGCGCUACGGCGUCCUCAUCACCUCCAGACACCUGCAGGGGUCGGACCCCGACAGCCCUGCGGAGCAGCUGGAGUUCUCCAUCAGCCGGACGCCGGAGUUCGGCUUCCUGGAGAACGCACUCACAGGAGCUUACAUCAAAGGACGUUUCACCCAGCGGGACCUGGACCAGCGCGCCGUGGUCUUCGUCGUCCCCGCCGACGUGGACGUGACGGCCGACAGCUUCCUGUUCCGCCUCAGCGACGCGGCGGGGAACACCAUGCUGCCCGAGACACUGGAGCUGUCCUGGUCCCGGGUGGAGUUGUCGGCGACCUGCUACCGGACCUGCGAGACUGCGGGGACGCUGCAGAUCCAGGUCCAACGCCACGGGGGGAGCGUCGACCCGGCGUACGUCGCCAUCCAGGUGGAGGAAGGAUCGGCCAAACCCGGCAGAGAUUUCACUCACAGCACCGCCGGUCUCAUCCAGUUUGACCCAGGAGUCAGUGUGAAGACCUGGAACAUUUACCUGAUUGACGACGGCCUGGAGGAAAACCACGAGACGUUCACUGUCACCCUGAAAAACCCCAAAAACGCCGUCCUGGGACAGAGGACAUCCGCCAGCGUGGAGAUCAUCGACCCCAGAGGAGGGCGGUGCGAUCCAGAUGACCUGAGGGUGGAGGAGGACAGGAAGCGACUCCCACUCUCUCCUCCGCCUCCCCCCCUCCCGGACCGCCCCAGACCACCGGAGGACCCCGUCACCGACAUCGAGGCAGAGCUGCUGUGGGAGAACCAGCCCCACCCUCCCCGAGGCGACGUCCCAAAACCCUACCUGGACUACGGCGAGGGGGAACCCCAGGACCAGCCGGCCCCCGGCAGCUACAGCCACGUCCUCCACCACAGCAGGCAGCCCACGGGGGGAUCCACAGGGGGGUCCACUGGGACCACUGGGACCACUGGGACCACUGGGCACAGCGUCAGACAUGGAGGAUUCAAAGUGCAUCUGUCAGGAGAGAGGAGGUCUGAGCAGAAGGUCUGGACGUUCCACAGUCUGACUCCUCUGCGGGUGGAGGAGCUGAGGCAGAGCGAUGAGGGCUGGAGCCCCCAUCAGGACCCUCCUCAGAUGGAUCAUCCAGGACCAGGACCCCACCCAGAGCCACGCCAGCGCAGGACGGGGAAGUCAGUGAGCAGCUCGUGUCCCGAUGGUUGGACUCACCACCGGAGACGCUGUUACGUCCUCGGCUCGGCGGUGGCCAGCUGGGCGAGCGCCGAGAGGAGCUGCUCGCUGCUGUUUAACAGCAGCCUGACCGGCGCGCGCUCCACAAGAGACGUGGCCUGGCUGUGGAGGUUUGCCGGGAGGAAGCCAUUUUGGAUCGGUCAGUCUGGAGGUUCAGGUCGCUGGAUGUGGACCCACGGGGGCUCGGUGUCAUCCUCCAGAAUGAGGGGGGCUCCACCCAAAUGCGUGCUGGUUGAAAACCCCCGACGCUGGAUCUCCACCAGCUGCUCCCCCGAGACGCAACACGCAGUCAUCUGUUCCUCGGCGGCCCCCCCCCUCCCUGAGAGACAGGUUCACUGUUACCAGCUCGGCGUUUCGGGGUCACGUUGAUACGCAACGACGCUGCUCGGAACAUUUAAUAUUCAUAUGUCGGUCAAAAUAAAGAUCGCUGCACA